UGGCUCUUGACUCUCGGUGGCUCUGCCCGGAAUCAGACCCGGAAUCGGAAGCCCAGUCCGCAACCGAAACCGAAUCCGAACCGAAAUCGGAAUCUAGCCCGGAUUGUGAUUCAGACUGACAGAGAUAUUUUUAGUGCUUGCGUGCGAAAUUUUGUUGGUGUCAAAGUUUAACAUUUUACGUGAAAUUACACAACACACACACACACGAGCGAGUGAGAAGAAGCAGCAGCAGCAGCAGCAGCAGCAACACUAGAAGAAUAGUUGCAACAGCAACAGCAACAGCAACAUUUGCUGCAAGUGCAGCUCCCACAGCCGUCGCCGCCGCCAAGUUCAAAAUCAACGCCUGACAAUGACAAAGGCAGCAAAGUGGCGCCCACCAAGCCCGAAGAUACCAGCAAUAGGAGCAACAACAACAGCUGGAACGGCUGCAACAACAGGAGCAGCAACAUCAGCAGCAGCAACAACAAGGACGGCAGCAACGGCAGCAACAUCGGCAGCUGCAGCAGCAGCAACUGCAACUAAAGCAAUAACAACCAAUGGGCCCGAAGCGACAUGGCGACGGCAACGAGGCUGCACACCAGCAACACCAAGCAUGCUGAAGCAGCAGCAGCUGCAGCAAUUGCAACUGCAACUGCAACAGCAACAACCGUACUUGCAACGCCUGAAGGCGGCCGGUGGACUGGGGGCGUGGCUGCCAUCGAUGACGUCGUCGAUGUGGCUGCCAACCGACUCCUUGGCCCAGCUGAUCCUGGCCCUCUGCCUGCUGGGCUGCCUCAGCCCCUUUACAGCUGCACUCGAGGAGGACUGCGUUGACUUUCAGGGCAACAAGGUGAACCACGGAAUGCUCUACGUGCCCGGACCCGGGGUCUGUAGCCUCUGCGUCUGCUACCACUCCGAGCCACUCUGGUGCAAGGCCAUCUACUGCGAUCCGCCCUACUUUUGCAAAAACUUUCGAGUUGGCGAACGCUGCUGUGAGUUCGAGUGCUUGGAUCCGCCCGGCGAGGACAAACUGUACCAGGAACGUAUGCGAAAGCGGGCCGAGAUAUUGGCCGGCAACAGUACAGCCUCGAAUGUGCAACUGGCCCCGAUGGCCAUGUCCACCAUAAUGCUGGGAUUCCUGGGCAACAGCUUCCUGAACUUAUAACUUGAAGUCAAAUAGCAAGAGAUGGAGAUCCAUGCAAGGCGAAGCUAAGCGAACCUACCUUAAAUUUUGUUGCUCCUAAAGCGUAGGACUCUCUCGAAAAUUAUUACAGUGUAAUAAGCAAAAAAAAAAGCAAACAAAAAGCCAGGCCAGAUAUUUGUAGCUAACUAUCUGAGCAUUAAUUUAGAGGAUGCAAAAGGCAUAGGUUUUCACUUAUAUCCCCAGACAUAUAAUAGGUACAAUAAUGAUUUCAAGGGACAUGGAACUGGAAAGUUAAGGGCAAGCAAAAAGUUCAGGCACCUCAAUUGCAGAAAACAUUUUCGAGUACUUUCAAUGUGAUCCGAAUCAGAAUCGGUAGAGCCAGCAGAUAUAGCAUAUACACAUUUACAUCUACCUAAGUAUACAUGAGUAAGCAACACCAAGAAACCAGAACAAACUCAUCAAGCGAACGUAUAAGACAGUCUCUAGCUCCUAAGAAUCUACAGUAAAAGAAUUAUAUAAUUAAAUAUAUAUAUACAAAGAUAUGGAAAUCUAUGUAAGCAUAUUGUACAUAAGAGUAUAUAGCUCUUUGUAUCGGAUCUAAAAUUGUUGAUUAGUGUUUAGCUAACUGAAUGAAGGCAACUUCGGCUAGGAAGAUAGGUUUUUUUAAUCCAAUUAAAAUAUUCACUACGAGUCAGAAACACGUUACACCACAGUUCACCACAUUAGAGCCUGCUCCUGGUAAAUUUUUUAUUUAGAGCUGACAAAUUAAGGGUAGAUCUUGAAGUUCGUUGGUCAAGAGGAAUUUGUUCUUGAUAUGGAUAAAUAUUAAAAAAAAAUGUUUUUUUUAAUGCAGUUAAAAUGUUCACUGCGAGUCAGAAACAAGUUACACCACAGUUCACCGCGUUAGAGAACACUCCAAGAACACUUUUUCAUUUAGAGCUGACAAAACAAGGUUAGUUCUUGCAGUUCGUUAAUCAAGAGGAAUUUGUUCUUGAUAUGGAAAAAUACUCUCAAAAAUUGUAUAAAAUCUAUUUUUUUAGUGGAAAACGUUUAAAACGUUUAUAUAUAUUUUUUUAAUAUAAUUUACUAUCUAUAGUCAGCUCUGUUUUAUUUUUUACCACACCAAACACGUUAAACACUUAUAAAUAUGAGGGUAAGGGCAGUGCAGUUCGUUAGAAAGUCUCGAUCUUAGUAAGAGUUAGUAAAUUACACAUAUCUUGGCAACAUUUUUUCCAAAAUAUUAUAACAGACACGUACACAAAAGAAUCAUUAACUCUUGCAUUGGUGCUAAUUUUAUCGUAGGCUUAAAAAAUUACAAAAAUUCUCAAACACACACACCUCACUGCGCACAUCAUUCUACCCAAUCAUAUUGAAUAAAAUUCUAUAUAUCAAUUAGGUAAUGUAAUUGAGAGCAAAAAAGGUCUAGCAUAUACAAGUAGUUAACCAAUUAAUAAGACAAGAAGAAAACCCUAUGUGUAAGAAAUUUGCCUAAGGUAAACCUGUUAAAGAUCUAAUAAUAAUAACUAAUGAAAACCAAAUCCUAUGUUCACUCGCUCGAUGGGUUUUACAAUUACCAUUUGGAUAAAUCAGUAAAACAAAAGGAAAAACGUUUGGCAAAGCUUAGUAGAUAUGUAAGAAAGGAAAAACCCCUUCAAGAAGAGUUAGAUCUCGUUUCAACUUUAGGCUAAAGACUCUGAAGCCAUCUCCGUCUCUUUCUACAAUAGUCAAUCUAUGAUUGUAGCAAUUAAAACUAGAGAUAUAGCAGGACCAGCAAAUCAAACCAAGUAUAUAACAUUGAAAUAGAAUGGUUAAAAAAAAUAAAAUUUAUAUAGGUAUAUGAAUCAAUCCAAGGGAAGUUGGUCAAAUUUUUUUCACUUGACAGCACAUCAAAGCAAAAUACAAUUAACAAUAAAUAUAUAAAAUGCGGAAAAAUCCGAGAAAAAAACGUGGAGUACGGCUGUGAAAUUAUGUUUGCUUUAAAAUGCAUCAACGCAACUGUAAAUAAUAGAUGAUUACUAAAGUAUAUAAGCCAUAAUAUGGUAAAACAAACUAUUCAAGAUCCAGUAGAAAAUUCGAGGAAAGCGUACGGAGGCUCAGCGAGCAGAAAAAUAACUAAUUAACUAAAUGUACAAUUCAAUAUGCCACAACAUCUGACCAAUUAUGAUCCAUAAACAGAUUAAAAGAAAUAUAUAUAUACAACAAAAUAUAUAUACAUACAUCAAUCCAAUUAUCUGAUAAGACAAAUGACAAAUUUUAAUUAAACCAGAUCGAUACAGAUAUGAGGAAUGGCAGAUUCGAAGCGCGCUUAACAAAUUUUAACAUAGAAUCAACUAACAAAUGCAAAAUUGGCUUUAACUACGGAUAAAAACGAACAAGUCACACGAUGAAUAAUCUAAAGAUGAUAUUUAAAAGAGAAACGUACAUUUGGUUUGGUUUUAAUCGAUUUUAGUUCUAGAUAGCAGUGUUGUGAAACAACCGAAAAACUUUUUCCUAAGCUUAAGCGCUUUGCCAUUUAGCAGGAACCCAAAGAUCCUCGAAAAAGAGUGUUUUUAUAACCGAAGUAGGCUAAAGGCAGGAUAUAGAGCUUCUUGAAUUAUAAUUACAGAGUCUUUUAAAAAAUAUUCCCUGAGAUUAGAACAAUCUACUUAAUUUUUCUUAUCAAACAGGAGGGAAUUCUUGAAAAAGUAUAUAUAAUAUUCUCAACAUGAAAGAGAUGGAAGUUCAUCGUGAAAAGGAAAGAGAUAGCGCUAGCAAAUCGAUCAUCGGGCUAUAUAUCCUGCCUUCCAGACUGGCAAUUAUUAAUCUUUAUUACUGAUAUAAAUUACUGUAGAGCAGGAAAUAUUUUACAUUUCUUAAGAACAACCUUACCAACCAGAAUCAAAAUCGAAAAGAAAACUAUUAAACUUGACAAUUUUCAAACGUAAUCCAAAACCAAGUUAUAACAAGAGCGUCUAAUGGAAAAUCUUCAACCACAAAAUAAAAAUAUUAUUAAUUAAUAUAAAGAAGGAAAGAAACAAAUGUCAUAAAAUGUUUAACAAUAAUUUAGCAAGAGAAGCAAAUCCAAAAAUCAUGUAUGCAUACUUUAUAAUAAUAAUAAUUCUAAAUACCAGAAAAAUUUUAACAAAAAUAUACAAAUAUUUUCACAAUAGCUUAAACAAA